AUGGAAACCGUUCCAUACCGCUUCGAACCGCUCGAAAUUGCUGAAUUUCAAAAGCUCCUUCCCGCAAGCGUUUGCGGUUACGGGCGAGGCAAAAGUUUGAGUGAGAAAGGAAAAGAAAACGUUCUCACGGAAUUUAAAAAGCAAUUUCCACUAACCUUAAAUUGGAACAAAAUUAAGAACAGACUUGAUACUUUAAAGAAGCAAUACGAAGUCUAUCGUAAAAUCACGUUUGGGUCGACUGGGCUUGGAACUAAUCAGAGGACAGGAAGUCUUGAUGCCCCUGACCAUUGGUGGAAAGAUAAAAUUAAGGCUUAUCCUGAAGCUGCUAAACUUCGGUCGCACCCACUGCGGUUUAUACCACUUCUUGAUGUGGUCUUCCGAGAUGAAACUGUUGUGGUUGAGGAGUCAUGGCAACCAAGACGUGGUGUAUAUCGUCGUGCUCCAAUAAUGGACUUAAGUGACAAUGAAUGGGUAAACAAUAAUGGAGAAGACAAAAGAGAGGUCAUAUUCAUGGCUUCCCAACCUAAUCUUUUGGCUUCCACUUCUAAAACGAGAUCACAUAUGCUUUACUUCAACGGGUUAUUGUGGAGAAACAAACGGAAGAAGCCAAAGAAGAACCCAAAAUCAGAUUUCUAAGUGGUGUUCAAAGAGAAAAUAUUCUUAAGAAUAUUAACGACCAGUUUGGAAUUGAUUUGAGUUGGAGCCGUGUUAAAAAUCGUUUGGAUACCUUGAAGAAAUUUUACAAUAUUUAUAAAGGAAAUCCAGAAAAUCCGCGAAUUCAACGUUAUUUGCAGUUUGUCCCAUUACUUGAUGCAAUUUUUGGUGUUAAACCAGAUGCAUAAGUACUAUCUUGUUACAAAAUUUCUUUAUUUUUUUAUAAUUAUUUAGUGCUUUAUUUAUGGU